AUGGCUGUAAUAGAUCAUGUACAUGAGCACCACACUGUCCCCACACUAAGUGCAUCUCAACCAAUAUUCUACACUAUUAAUAGCCUCAAAGCAGUCUGGGUUAAAGGUCAACGUUCUACUACUGGGAAAGAUCUGGUAGUUGGAUUUGUUGCAGGAGUGGUGAAUGUGUUGCUGACAACUCCACUCUGGGUGGUAAACAUCAGACUGAAGCUGCAGGGGGAAAAAUUUAGGAAUGAAGACAUUGUACCAACCAACUACAAAGGAAUUGUUUAUGCUUUUCACCAGAUCAUUCGAGAUGAAGGAAUCUUGGCUUUAUGGAAUGGCAUGUUUCCUUCCUUGCUGUUGGUCUUCAAUCCUGCCAUCCAAUUCAUGUUCUGUGAAGUUAAACGGCAGCUUUUAAAGAAACAAAUGAGGUUUUCUUCUCUGGAUGUGUUCAUCAUUGGUGCAGUAGCCAAGGCAAUUGCGACCAUAGUCACCUAUCCCAUGCAGACAGUACAGUCAAUUCUGAGAUUUGGACGUCACAGACUAAAUUCAGAAAACAGAACACUGGGGAGUCUUUGGAAUAUUCUGUAUCUUCUUCACCAACGAAUAAAGUGA